CUUCCCUAAGUUUUCAAACUUCUGGGUAACCCGACCUAUAGUCCAUAUUCCCUUUCUGUUUAUAUUCUGGUUGGCUAAUGGUAACUUUACCCAUUUCUAAAUGGUUAACUGCAGCGCUACUGAACUCCACUGGAUUUGAUUGAAGAAGCUCGGAGAGAGUGAGGCAGCAGAAACCUCGCGGAAGAAGAAGAAGAAGAAGAAGAAGGAGAGCCAUGGAUCGUCACCCUCGCCAUAGCACUAACCUCCCUCUGGUUCAAGGAAGCACUUCGAGAGUUGACUUUCCCAACCCAUCAGCUGACAACAACUCCCCUGCUUCUGGGCCUUCGAUGGAUGCUGUCUUGGGACCUGUUCCUUCCCAUCUAGAAGUUGAAUCCGCCAUAGCCUCCCUUCAGGGUUUCAUGACUCAGAUGUCGCAACUGAAACAGCAGAGGGCAUCAUCUAAUGGACACACCAGAGUUGAGGAAGCUUUCCAGUUGCUGCAAUCCGAUCCAGCCAUUCAGAAACUGGUGGCUGCUCUAGCAACCGAUAAGGCUGUGUGGGAUGCUGUUAAGAAGAACGAAAUGGUUCACAGACUGCGAGACCACCGCCCCGAAGCUGCAGGUAAGUAGAUUCAGUUACGCCCUUGGCAAAAGGAAAAACCCAGAAAAAAAAAAUUGUUGCUGUGUUUUUGCCAGAGGAAUUUAUUUCAUUAAGGGGGUGGCAUGGCAGUUGAAAGCUUUAGGCUCCGAAGCUGCGAAAAGGAAGCAGCUGCAACUGAGUUGGAAGAGGCGCAGCAUUUGGUGAGGUGGAUAAUGGACAUUGCUUCCAGGAUUACGGAUCUCAUCCACAAAUGGCAAUGCCUAAUGCACGUUCUGACUCACCCUUUGGGGAAGGGAAGCUACGAUGGUGGGACGCCACACUCGGCAGAUCAGCUGCUCACUGAUCAGAGAAUUGGGUCGCCAUUGCUGCUCGCUGUUGUCACCCUCUUGAUUGUAGUUGUUGCAAGGGCACAAGGGGCGCAUUGUUGGUAGAAACUUGUAGUUCAAAUCAAGGAAACUGUUGCAAAGGCAAACGCCACAAUGCAGAUUACCGGCCAAUUGUGAUUACUUAGUCCUCCAGUCUGAUAUCUUUGUACCAGUAUGGCUCAACUUUCAGUUCUAAAAUCGAACGGAAUGGAAUGUAUCUGCAUCGCAAUGUUGAAAAUAGUGCAGUAUGUGACUAUCAAUGAUGAAAAUACCUCUUGCUGAUGAG